GGAUGACUAUCCUGUGAAUGUACUUUGAAACCGGAAUGGUGUAUGCUCCCUUGGCCACAUUUGGCCCUCCUCUUCUGGGUGAUCAUACACUGCGAUACACUCGUGCACCGGAAAUGCCUGAGUCGCCUGACACAGCGGUCGCUCGCUCCAUGACGGCGAGGCGAACUCGGGAAGGUGCAUGCGUCCGCCGUCUCUCCGGUCGUGGGCUUAUGAACAAUCUAGGGAUACUACAGUGCUUGCAUGCUCACUGGCAGCCCUGCAUGACUCAUCCUACUCGAUCGUCUGUGUUGCAGGGUCAGCAAGACGUCGCCGUUUAGGUGGCAGCUCAUCGCAUGGUGCAGGGAGGUCAUCAAGGUAUAAAUCAUACAUACUCCGUAUGACGCUCGUCGCGGUGUCUUUGUGAGGAAGUCUAACGGUUGGGUCAGAGGAAAUGAUGACAAGGUCGAUAGCUGGUGCAUCUGCACUCGAGCCACGAAGCGUCUUCAGC